AUGGGCAGCUCGGACGUGAAAUCUCCCACGCUUGAGCAAGAUUCCAAAACAGCACCUCUGUCCUCUAUCAAUUAUGAGGGGCAGGAAGAUGGACCCGACGUAUUCGAAAGACGGGGCUCCGCAGACUCUGGCACAGUAGCCGAUGCCCAGACAGAUGAUGGCUUUGUGCUUUCGAGAAGCGUACAAGACCCCUCGGAGGAGCUGCCGAUCGAACUAAUCAGCCUAGCAGAUCGUUUCGUGAAUUCUCUGAGUGCUAAAGUACACAACUCGCCUCCCACGAUAGAGAAGAUCUCCGAGCUCUUCCAAGUUUUCUACAGCCGCGCCGAGUCCCACAUUGCCACACAUAUUUCUGCUCUCAUAGCUCGUAUCAACCGCGAUCUUUCGCCUCAGGUCCCUGCAAAGGCUCCACGAGGAAGCGCACUGUCGAAACUGAGUAGCAAACGCUCUCAAGACGAUGUCAGGCUGGGGGCUUCAGGUCGCCAAAUGUUGACUGCAUCCGAAGUAGCUGAAAAACGACAGGCUCGUAGAGCCCUUGAAAACAAACGGAGUGCAUUAGAAGAGGCUGCUGAAAGAAGAGUCUGCGAGCUGGUUUAUGAUAAACUUUGGAGGCACAAAAGUACAUUGGAUGAUGUGCGGGAUGAAAAGUUGCGUUCCAAGACUGCGGCUUUGCUGCUGGUCGGCAUUAAUCUGAAGGACCUUGGUAUCGACAUAGACCUUGAAUCAAUCGACGAACAGAAGCAGGACGAGGCGAACGAAUUUCUUUGUCAAGCCCGAGAGCAUCUCGCGAAAAUGAACGAUUACAAAUACCCCCUUGGAAAGCUUCAGCAGCUCGCAGCGGCGCAUAAGGCCAUCGUCGAUGCCCUUACUAAACUUUUACCAUCUUCUUCUUCUGCAGAUGAGAUUCUACCCACGUUGAUCUAUUCGCUUGUGACAUGCCCUCCUGAAGGGAUCAACAUUGUCAGCAACUUAGUUUUUAUCCAACGUUUCAGGUCUUCGAACAGAAUUGAUGGAGAAACGGCCUACUGCCUAACCAAUCUAGAGGCCGCAAUAAGCUUUUUGGAAAACGUCGAUCUUUCCACACUGCGUGCCGAUGAGCUACAGGAUGGACCUCUGAAAACCCCUGGUGAGACAACGACACCAUCCGCAGAACAUGUCGAUCCUUUCCGGCCCCCCAAGGAGACUACAACCUUGGCUGUCACCACUGUAUCUGCAUCGCCGGAACUAUCGAAACCUGAAAUCAAAGAACCCCCCUCUACAUUACCCAGGCCGCGGCCCUCUGCCACACCACAACAACGACGGCUCAGCAAUCUUUUCCAACCGCCUGCUAAAGUGCUUGGGGCUGCAAAUGAUGCUGUGCGCACCACUGCUGACCAAAGCCUGAAGAAUAUCGGUGCUACAUUGGACAGCAGUUUCAACUUUCUGUUUGGUCGUCUGAAGGAAAUGCAAAACAUCCAAGGACCUGGCUCGGAGGAUAGCGAACCAAUACUACCAAAGACAUUGGCCGAGGCUCGCCGUCUUGUGAGCUUGCCGCUUGCCUCUGCCACCAACCAAAACCUGACCCAAGGGGAGCUCGCAGCAAUCAACUCUGUUUCCGUGGAUGAAAGUACACCCCCACGCAGUAGUUCAAGACUCACGGACCUUUCCAGCGGACCUACCCCUCGGGACCGGAGUGUGGACAGCACCCGAACCCAGGGAAGCGGUAGAAAGUCCACCACGACAUCACUACGCGAAGAUCUAGCGUCGAAUUCACCCAUCACCACUCCGUUAGAAUCAAUGCGAAACUUUGGCAACACGCUCAACCCUUUAAACCACAUCCCGGGCAUGAUGAAAAGCUUUGGCCGCAACGCACCAGAAACCCCCAGCGGCAGGUCCGUAUCUCCAUCAGGACUGGACAGAUUCAAGCCAUCACCUGCCUCGACAGACGGCACUAGCGGCCCUGUCAGCCCCCUCCCCGCCUCUUCAUUGAAAAUUGAUCCUCCGAUCCAGCGGUUCCUUGAGACACAAGAUGCGCGCGAUCUCCGGAUUGGGGACGUAGCCGCUCUACUGGAGGACUAUAAGAGACUCGCUUCUGCGCUUUAUAAACCCGCUUUUGAGUCUCGGUAA